AUGUCAAAACAAUUGUACAAUAACACAAGCCAAGUUGUUUAUGACUGGUUUCAUAAACCAGCGGAUCAAGUAAUGCGGGAGGUAGGAAAAGAGGAAGCACGACACGAAAAAGAAAUUGGAAGCGUUGACAGCGAUGGAAAUCCCAUGAUAACGUUUAGAAAAAAGUUUCGCGCUGCUUCAAAAGUGAACGACCCAGAUUAUGGUGCAUACGCUCAACGCCCGGACAUGUCCGAGGAAGUAUUUGAGGUUGCAAAACAACACUUUUUAAAACAAUUAGAAGUGAAUAUAGAAGAACGAGACAAUAUUCAAAAAAACACUUUGCAACAGAGCCAUAGUCAAGAUUGGAUUGAGCAAAGAAAAAGAGACUGA